UUUUACUUUGAAGGUCUUCAGAUGCAGCUGUUCCUCUUUGCUCCAAUGCCAGAAUUGUCUUUCUAGUCCUGUAUAGUGACCGGAGGACUUUUAGCUCCUGUAGUUAGUUAUAUACAACAGGGAAAAUGGAUUUUGAAAGAAGUUCAGAGAAAGACAGGGUCAACUUGAAUCGUUUAUCCAUGGUCUCAGAGGAUUCAGAAGACCAUGAUGCAGCCUUGACUAUUGUUACCGUUCUGGACAAAGUAGCCACUAUUGUGGAUACUGUGCAGGCAAGUCAAAAAAGGAUUGAGGAGCGACACAGAGAAAUGGAAGAUGCGAUCAAGACAAUUCAAAUUGAACUCUUGAAGCUUGCACAAGCUCACAGCAAUACAAGUUACACAGUCAACAAGUUGCUUGAAAAAACCCGCAAAGUAAGCUCUAAUGUAAAAGAUGUGAAGUCUCGAGUUGAUAAGCAGAGCGACCAGGUCCAAAAGGUGGAGUCCAAACAAGAGGAGAUGCUGAGAAAAAAUAAAUUCCGAGUUGUUAUUUUUCAGGAGGAUAUUGAAUGCCCAACAAAACUUACAGUUGCUAAAGAAUCAGCAUUGGAUGGAAACCUAAGGGAUAAUUUAUACACACCAGAUGACCUGUCUUCUGAUGAGGAAUAUUGUGUGCAAGAAAGUAGGACUUCACGUCUAAAAAAAUCUGGAAUGAAGCGUAUAGAUAACAUUAAGAUGGCAUUUUCAAAAGAAAACAUGCAGAAAACUAAGCAAAACUUUGGAAACAAAGUCAACAGGAUACGCACAAGGAUUGUAACUCCAGAAAGAAGAGAAAGAAUAAGGCAGUCUGGGGAGAGGCUGAAAAAGUCUGGAGAAAGGUUCAAACAAUCAAUAGUAAAAGCAGCACCCAAAAAAGAUGCCUUUAAAAUUAACAUUAAAAAGAAGGGGAAACAGAGAACCACAGCAGAAGGCCAGAAAGGUGGUAAUGAGGAUGAAGCAGACUCUGAAGAAGUUACUGCUAAACCUAUCUCUGAGGAGGUCACCUACACAGAAGUAGUGACUGUGAAAAAGAAGAAAAAGAAUGAAGAAAAUGCUGAACUUCUGCUGUCCCAAGAGGAUGAGAAACCAAGCCCUGUUCCACAAAAGCCAGAGAAGCCUUUGUUGAAAGUCGAAACAAAAGCAGAGUCAGAUGAGACACCAUUGGUAGACAUAAAUCUGUCACACUAAGGGAGACAUUACAACCAAUAAUUCAUAAUGAGACCACAUCAUACUGACUCCCAUGUUCAGAAAAGUGUAUAGCUAUCAUGCAAACUAUCAAAUUAAGAAAAAAUGAUUGGAUAGACUGAAGAUAUAAUGUAUUAGUGUUCUGUGCUUUAGAUCUGUCAUGGCAAGUUAUAAAGUACAUUUUGUAUUGAUGAAAUCAAAGAUGUGAACUUGAGUAAAUAAAAAUUAAGCAGUCAACUUUUAGGGGGAGAUUUAUUAAUAUUCAGGUUUGAUUUUUUUUUUUUAACAAUUCGAGUUUUUUUUGCACAAAAAAACUUGAAUUUGAAUUAUUGUAAGUUUCUACAGAAGUCAAUGGAAGUUGUCCUAGGCAAAGUCAAGCCAUAUAUUCAAGUUUGUGAACUUGAAAAAUUUGUGGUAUUCAGGUUUUUUAAUUCAUUAAUUAAUUUUUUAAAUAAGAGAUCAUUCGAUAUGUGUGUUUAUUUGUUUUAGAAAAACAAACUUGAAUUCACAAACUUGAAAAUUAAUAAACCCACUAAAGAGUGUGCUUGACAGUAAAGCUAAUGUAAGUUUGUUUUUAAAAUGACCAUGGUUUCAAGGGGAAUUGCCUUGUCAUACAUUAUAUUAUGCUAAAGGAAGUUUUCAUGGUAAGACUGCAAUCAAGGAUGAAUUUUCAUUUGGUCAAAUCUGAAUGAGGCCCUAUGAUAUAACUAGCAUGCUGAUUUUGUGGACUUCGAAAGUUCCAUAUACUAAUAUAUUUUUCAUUGUUUUAUAGUAAUAUAUACAUUUGUGCUGUGUUUAUAUUAUAGCUUUAUAGAAAGAAAACAUACUAUAUUCUAAUGUGGAAAAAAUGGAAACACAUAAGUAGUUGAUGACAGUAUUAUUAGACUGUUGUUGGUUGUGUCUGCUGUAUCAAUACAUUUAAGAACUGGAUAAAAUGUCUGAGUUUCUAUAUUUUAUUCAUUUACCAUCAAAAGCUCUUGAAAAAUGUUUUCAUUCUUGAAAAUGUCUUUCAAAAAAUAGAAAAUAAAAAGGAGAGAUUUGAAUAAGAUUCAGAAUCUUCUUUACAAGUACAAAAUAAAUAAAACUUUAAAUAUUUUAAACUGUAUGCUUACAAAUACUGGAAUAUUUUCUUCAAUGAUUUUUAUUUGCAUUUUAACUUAAACAGAUUGCAUAUAUGCUUAACCCUUUUACUGCCAACCGUUAUGGUCAAAGCGGAACUUGUAUUGCCAGACAGUUUUUGAACAUUUUGCACUUUAAGUUUACCCAGGAAAACAAUAUAUCAUUUUUUUCAGGACAAUCUAAGCUUUCAAAAUAUUGUAGAAUGUUUUUGUAAUUCCAAUUCAGUAACAAGAUAUAGGCUUCUAAAUGUGUAAAAAUGAAAAAUAAAUCAAAUUUUCCAUAAUAUAAACACACAUACCAGAAACAAAAAUUAUUUUAUGCACAAAAAUACAACUGAUUUGGAAAGUCCCAUGUCUCCUGAAUGUGCCAAUACCAAAUAUAUAUAGUUUUAUGGAGAUUUCUCACUUGUAUAGGUCAAAAACUCCCAGCAGUACCUACAAGGAACACCGAUCCCCCCAACAGACCUCGCAUCAUUCCUUACAUUGAUCCCCAAAGAGGGAAAAGACCCAACAAUGUGCGCAAACUAUAGGCCCAUUGCCUUACUAAACACAGACCUAAAACUGUUCUCAAAAAUUUUAGCUAACCGCUUAGCCCCCAUCCUUACAAAAAUGAUCAAUGCCGACCAAGUGGGUUUCAUAUUGGGCCGCCAAGCAGGAGACAAUACGAGGAGGACAAUAAACUUAAUAGACAUCUUGAAUAGGCAGAAGAAGCAAGCCCUGAUUCUAAGUCUAGAUGCCCAGAAGGCGUUUGAUCGCCUAGAUUGGUCAUACCUAUUCGCUCUCCUCCAACACCUUAACCUACGAGGUCCCUACCUCCAGGCACUAUGCUCUAUACAGCACCCCAACUACCACUCUCAAAUUGCCAGGCCAUUCCAACACCCCCAUACGUAUAUACAACGGCACGAGACAAGGGUGCCCACUCUCGCCCCUUCUCUAUGCCCUCAGCAUAGAACCCCUAGCAGCCAAUAUCCGCAACCACCCAGAUAUCAAAGGGGUAGAAAUGGGCACAGACCACUAUAAAAUUGCCCUUUUUGCGGACGAUGUACUUCUCACUCUCACAAACCCUCAGAUUUCGCUCCCAUCCCUACACAAACUGCUGGAAACAUAUAGCACCCUCUCUGGCUACAAAAUUAAUGUGACUAAAACAGAGGCACUCCCGCUACAUAUCCCUCCCCUAACACUGGAGGCCCUGAAAUCCACUUUUAAGUACAACUGGAAGAAAGAAUAUAUAUCAUAUCUGGGAACACGCAUUACCCCUAGAUACGAAACUCUUUACAGCCAAAACUUUCUCCCCUUAUUACAUGAGGUCAAGUCCAAGCUCCAAAAAUGGGCAGAAUACCCAAUAUCCUGGUUUGGCAAGAUAGCCUCAAUAAAAAUGUCUAUUCUCCCAAAAUUUCUCUAUCUUUUUGAAACGUUACCUGUUUGUGUCCCCCCCACGACUUUUAAAGCCACUCAAGCUAUGCUCCAUAACUUCAUCUGGGGGAAAAAGAGGCAUAGAAUAAAUAAAAGGACACUUACCUCCCCAACUAAGUUAGGUGGCCUGGGCGUUCCAGACCUCCAGCAGUACUACAGAGCAGCCCACAUUCGCCAGAUACUGGCAUGGUCAAGGUGGUCCUCAAAUAUUGUAUGGGCUAACAUUGAAACAAGCCAGUUUAAACCCUAUCAUCCAAACGCCUGGAUAUGGUCCACCUUAGGGAAAGAUAAACCAAAGAUAGCAAUGCUCAAAUCUACAGAGCACACCUUAAAACUCUGGUGGAAACUUAGAUUCAAAUUUAAAUUGGCAUCACCUGCAUCCGUACUACUCUCCCACCUGGGAAACCCAAGGUUUCAACCAGCACUACCCUUGCAAUACCUACAGAGAUGGAUGGAUACCCCUUUUUUUGCCUUAAGAGACA